AUGCAAAUUGUUUCUUUGAGCAAGUUGGCCAUACUAGGCCUAGCCGGCCUGGCAAUUGCCCACCCUGGCGUCCAUGAGCCCAGCUCCAUGUCGCAUUCCGCGAAGAGAAGCUUCCUCAACAACGCGAAGCGUUCCCUCAGCAAAUGCAGCAGCCAUUUGGAACGCCGUGGAAUCAACGACCGGAUCCAGGCUCGCCGUGCCUCCGCGUACGAGAUGUACCGCAAGCGCAGCAUCGAUGCUCGCGAUUACAACCCUUCCGUGAACACCUCGCACCACUCUACCCUCGAUGUGACCUCCCAAACCACGGAGCAGGAGCUGUUCGCCAAGAACCCUGUGUGCAUUCUCUCCCCCGAAGGAGAAAUCGGACCCUUCUGGGUGAAGGGUGAACUGGUCCGGUCUGAUGUCCGCGACGGCGAGGCCGGUAUCCCGAUCAUUAUGGACGGCCAGUUCAUCGACAUUGAGACCUGCGAGCCCAUCAAGGAUCUCUACUGGGACGUGUGGAACUGCAACUCCACCGGUGUCUACUCCGGCGUCCAGAGCUCCAUGAAUGGCAAUGGCAACGAUGACUCCAACCUCGACAAGACCUUCUUGCGUGGUGUCCAGAAGACCGAUGCCGACGGUGUCGCGCAAUUCCAGUCCAUGUUCCCCGGUCACUACUCCGGCAGAACCACCCACGUCCACGUCGUCGCCCACGUCGGUGCCACCCAAUUGCAGAACAACACCAUCACCGGUGGCCACGUCGCUCACAUCGGUCAGCUCUUCUUCGAUCAGGAUCUCGUUUACAAGGUCGAGGCUACUUACCCUUACAACACGAACAAUGUCUCCAUCACCACCAACGCCGAUGACCAUGUCGUUCAGGAUGAGACUGAAGAUAGCGCCUCGGACCCCUUCUUCGAGUAUGCUUUCCUCGGAGAUGCCCUUGAGGAUGGUAUCUAUGCCUGGAUUACUUUGGGUGUGAAUGUCUCCGCCAGUUAUGAUACCAGCUAUGCUGCUACCCUGACUUCUUCUGGUGGUGUUUCCAACUCUAACAGCAGCCCUGGUGAUACUGUUAACUUCUGA